AUGUCGGCCUCAUCGGAAACCCUCGAGAGCCUCCUCGCCAUGGGCAUCGAGCCUGUCCUCGCAAGGGAGGCAUCGUCCAGGUUUCAUACUGCCGACGCCGCUGUCAACUGGUGUUUUGGAGAUGGCGCAGAUUGGAAGCCAGAGGUGGCAAGAGAUGCUGCCCCGGGGUAUAGCACGUCGUUCAAUCCCCGGCAUAGCGAAGGUACUUUCAUCCAACACCGAGAAGUAGUCGACGUCGCCGACUCCCCCGCCGCAUCCCCCAAACCAUCCCAAUCCCAAUUCGCAUCCAACAACCCCUUCCGGACAUCGCCUUCCGUCCCCGCCCGACCGACGACGUCGACGACGUUGGCUGCGCCAGGCUCGUCUGCGCGUGAAGCGAUAUCGGUGGAUGAUGAGGAUGAUCAACUGAAGAAGGCUAUUGCGCUGUCGCAGGGGCAGGGGCAGGGGCAAGAGGGGAGGGGGAGGGGGAGGGCCGAUGGGCCGCCGCCGCCGAGUCCGAGUGGGGGGGUUGGCGCUGAGCCGGAUAUCGCGCCGCUGUUUGGGCCGAGUACUAAGGAGGAUACGGGGAAUAUGUCGCUGGUGCCGUCAGGCCAGAAUGACCAUGGGCGAUCAAAGGAAGACGCCGAGAUGGACAAGGCGAUUAUGGAUUCGUUGAUGACUGCUAGCUUCCAUUCUGCUUCGGCACAGCAAGAGAAGGAUAAGCCUGUUCCCAAGCAGCGGGAGGAAGGAGCCCCGGUGGUGUUUUACUCUGAAUCAGGCAAAUAUACCCCGCUUGCGCAUAUCCUUCAGGCAUACGGCGCCAUCCGAGAACUGCGUGAGAUCUAUCAUCGUGUUGCCCUUCCGACAUCAGACGGUGUAGUCGAGCCGAGGAUAGAGUCACUGGCUGGUCUUUUCGACAAGAACGAUCUUGAUGCUCAGAGCUAUACGGACGCGGACGGGGCCAUCAAGUCUGCUAAGAACGGAGCUUCAGUUACGCUCUUACCGCCACUUGGUUCUGCGCUGGGUACGUUUCUUCCAGGCCCAUAUUGUGUCUAUCCUGACGACUUGGCAGAGUUUCACGAAAUGUUGGCAGAUGAAUUCAGUUUGCAUAUCAAGGUCAAGACGUUGGAGACAUUCGAAACCACCCUCACCUCCGCCCAAACAUCCCAAGCGUCAUACGUCCAACUCCGAAAAGGGCCCGGCGGGUACGACAUCUACACCCAACUCGGCAACCUCUUCUGGCCCCCCUCUUCCUCUUCUUCCGAAGAUAUGGGUCUGAGCAUAAUUGAACCCGCCGACAUCCUCUUUGUCGGCCUCGGCUAUGCCGCAGAGGCCAAGAUGGGGGAACUGUGGAAGUUGGAUAAGGAGGUUGUGCUGGAUAGGUUUUUGGAGAGGAAUAAGCUUUGGGCGGCGAAUAGGCGGGGGUUGCAGGGUGUUGCGGAGGGGGAUUUGAGGAGGGGGGAGGAGAAGAUGGAGAAGCUUUUGAAGCAUGAGCAUCUUGAUACGACGAUCACUUCUUCAAAGUCUUCUCGCGCCCAGUCUCAACAGAUACUGCGUGAUAAAGUCUCGACCGUGUACGAAGCUCUCAAGGCGCGGAGAGAGUCACUGGAAGUGGAGUUGGAAGGGCAUAGGAAGGCGGCUUCGGCGGGUGCGUUCGAUACAGAUGAUCCCGAGUAUCUGCAGCAUGUCUACGACCUCAAAGCAGUACUCUUUCACGACGGCGCUUUGGUGGGUAACGACCAUCUCUACGUAUACGUCAAAGGCGACGAUGGGCGGUGGUGGAAGAUCAAGGAGCAUGAGUGUACACAGGUUUCGUGGGAGGCGAUUAGGGACGAUCGGACGGGGAUUUGGAUGGAGGGUGGGCCUUAUGCUUUGGUGUAUGUUAGGACGAGUCCUCGGCCGCCUUCGCCAUCGUCUUCAACGGCAGCCAACGAUACUACUACGUCUACUCAACCGCAAUCGACGCUCCAGGCCGAUAUCCCUAGCGAAAACAGCUCGACCGACAGUCUUGGGUUGUCCCUCGGCGAAUCAGCACCAACCCCGUCCGCCCUGUCGGAAGGUGGGAAAGAAGAGAAAGAGGAGCAGCUUGUCGACUUUGGUGAUGACACACCGCCGGUAGAGGGGAAGGGAGACGAGAAGGGCGGGAAUGAGGAUUUGGUGGAUAUUGUCAUGGGCGAGGAGAGGGACGGUUUCAAGCUCGGGGAAGGAGGGAAGUGGACGCUUUUGGGAAAAGCAGGGGAGAAGGAUGAGGAGGAGGUGGGAAGGAAAGAGGAGAAGAGUGCGGGAGCGGAGGCAGCUGAUGAUGACACUUUGAUGUCGUAG